UUUGUUGUUUCAGAUAAUAUGAGCUUCGAGGAUUCCAUGGUGGUUUCUGCGGUCGCAUUCGAGAAAACUUGCUCUCUUGAAGGCUCUGGUGAAAGUAAUGGAAUGGAGUUGAAGGAAGGGAGAAUUAAGAAGAGAGUGACGAAAGAAGUUAAAUGUGAGCUGGUGAAUUUUGAUUCCUUGCCAGAUUAUUUCAAGGACAACGAGUUCAUCCUGGGCUACUAUCGAUGCGAAUGGCCUCUGAGAGAGACAAUUCUCAGCAUCUUCUCCAUUCACAACGAGACCCUGAACGUUUGGACGCAUUUGAUUGGAUUUCUUAUCUUUCUUUCUCUGACUAUAUUCACUGCAACGAUGAUACCAAGAGAAAUGAAUGUCCCAUCCAUGCAGCAAUCCUCCAGUCAAGUGACAGAAGCCAGUCUUCCAAUGAAGCAAUCUGGGGUCAUUGCUUGCCUGCCAUCUCCACUUCCAGUGGAUGAAUUGGAGACUUCUACGCCAGCUUCAUCUAUCUGGCAUCUUCCCGAGCUUCUUGUCAACUGUUUGCCAAAGAGAUUCUCCCAUGCUAGAAACAUCACCAAUCCAUGCAUUCUGAUAAGCGUGACAGACCACAUGGCCAACAUAAUAUCACAACUGCUCAUGAAGGAAGUCACUCGCUGGCCAUUCUUUGCCUUCUUGUGUGGAGCCAUGUUCUGCCUUCUCACCAGCAGUAUAUGCCACCUUAUCUUUUGCCACUCCAAACGAACGGCCUAUAUUAUGCUGCGGCUCGACUACACCGGCAUAACAGCCCUCAUUGUCACCUCCUUCUAUCCUCUAGUCUACUACUCUUUCCUGUGUGAACCCUUCUACUGCCACCUUUACAUGAGCUUCAUCACAGCCUUUGGGCUGGCCACCAUCUUGGUCUCCCUUGUGCCAGUGUUCCAGACCGCAGAGUUCCGGUCUGUGAGAGCUGGGCUAUUCUUCUGCAUGGGAGUAUCAGGACUAGUGCCCAUAAUGCACAAAUUGAUUGCAUUCCAUCACCGGCCGGAGGCGAUCCUGUCGACGGGGUACGAGUUGCUAAUGGGUACAUUUUAUGGCCUUGGUGUGGUGGUCUAUGCGACGAGAAUACCGGAGCGGUGUAUGCCUGGAAAAUUCGACAUCGUCGGCCAUAGCCAUCAGCUAUUCCAUGUGCUGGUGAUUGCAGGGGCUUACGCUCAUUAUCUUGCAGGCCUGGUAUACCUCAAGUGGAGAGACACUGAAGGUUGUUAAUGGAAUUAUAGAUUAGCUUUUGGGCCACCAUUAAUUGUUUUGUAUGAGAUUGGCGAAGCCUUUUCAUCUUGUGUACGCCAUGUAGACUAAAAUCGUUAAGAAAGGAUAAGUUUACUCGCAAGGGAUCUUGGUGCUUGUGUGAAAGUGGAGUAUUUGAAUUCCCUAAGAUUGGGGACAGUGGGAAU